GGGAGGGGUCCGUGGAAAAAACAGCGUUGUUGUAAGGUUGAAAGUAGGGGGUGAAAGUGGCCUAUCGGGGUGCAGAGACAUCGGAUCUCCCAUUCAAAAGUAGUAUUUUAAGAAGUCACUGGAUACCGUAGUGGAGGAUGUCGGCGAGGCAUUGUCGCACAAAACACACUGCCUUGCUGCCGAAUAACAUCCUGUCUACAGUGCUCCACUCCUACUGUACUACAAAACUAAGAAUAAGUGGAUGCUCUAGAAGGGAAGCCAAGUCCUCCGCCAGAUAAGGUUUGCUGGAAUGGGUAAUCUUCUAAAAGUCCUAACAAGGGAAAUAGAGAACUAUCCACAUUUUUUCCUGGACUUUGAAAAAACCAAAUGGGGAAUCUGUUAAAAGUGCUCACUUGCACUGAGCUCGAGCAGGGGCCAAACUUUUUCCUUGACUUUGAAAAUGCACAGCCGACAGACUGUGAGAGGGAGGUAUGGAACCAGGUGAACACUGUGCUCCAGGACUCUGAGAGCAUCCUCUCUGGCCUACAGGCCUACAAGGGAGCAGGACAGGAGAUACGAGAUGCCAUUCAGAACCCCAAUGACAUGCUCCUACAGGAGAGAGCCUGGAACUCAGUCUGCCCCUUAGUCAUACGGCUCAAAAAGUUCUACGGCUUCUCCCUGAGACUAGAGAAGGCUCUCCAGGGCCUGCUGGAGUCCCUGACGUGCCCCCCCUACACCCCAACCCAGCACCUGGAGAAGGAGCAGGCUCUGGCCAAACAGUUUGCCGAGAUCCUCCACUUCACCCUGCGCUUCGACGAACUCAAGAUGAGAAUUCCUGCCAUUCAGAAUGACUUCAGUUAUUACAGGAGGACAAUCAGUCGAAACAGGAUAAACAACAUGAAUUUGGAUAUCGAGAGCGAGGUCAACAAUGAGAUGGCCAACAGAAUGUCACUGUUCUACGCCGAGGCGACGCCCAUGCUGAAGACCUUAAGCACAGCUACGACAAACUUCGUAACCGAGAAUAAGACAUUACCCCUGGAAAACACCACUGACGUUCUCAGCACCAUGGCCAGCGUCUGUAAAGUCAUGCUGGAGACACCAGACUACACGAGCAGGUUCAACAGUGAGGACACGCUCCUGUUCUGUAUGAGAGUGAUGGUUGGAGUCAUCAUCCUGUAUGACCACGUCCAUCCCAACGGAGCCUUCAACAAGUCCUCCAAGAUCGACAUGAAGGGAUGCAUAAAGGUCCUGAAAGAACAACCAGCAGAUAACGUUGAAGGUCUCCUGAACGCCCUCAAGUUCACCACUAAACACCUGAAUGACGAGUCCACUCCAAAAAACAUCCGAACGAUGCUUCAGUAACAUUUCUAUCGAAAGAGGGUCAAUGUACUGACCUCAA